AAUCGAAUUCAUCGUAGUGGGAUUUUAAAUCUCGCCAAAAUCGGUGUUUCGGCUGAAGUUACUUACCUCGGUGAUCUCUUGCAUCCUAAUUUGGUCAAGUUGAUUGGUUACUGCACUGAGGAGGAUCAAAGGCUCCUGGUCUAUGAGUUGAUGCCUCAAGGGAGCUUGGAGAAUCACUUGUUUUGAAAAUCUCUUCCUUUACCCUGGUCCAUCAGAAUGAAAAUUGCUCUUGGUGCUGCCAAGGGCCUUGCCUUUCUUCAUGAGGAAGCUGAAAGACCAGUAAUUUAUUGAGACUUCAAAACAUCUAAUAUCCUUCUGGAUGCGGAUUACAAUGCCAAGCUUUCUGAUUUUGGACCAGCCAAAGAUGGUCCAGACUCUUGUAUCAACACAAGUGAUGGGUACCUAUGGUUAUGCUGCCCCUGAGUUCGUAAUGACAGGGGCACAGAAAGCAAUUCAAUUGGCUGCCCACUGUCUUGGCCAUGAUCCUAAAGCCAGACCUUUGAUGAGUGAAGUGGUUGAAGCACUAAAGCCUCUGCCAAAUCUCAAUGACGUGGCUUGUUCUUCAUCUCACUUCCAGGUCAUGCCAGCAGAGUGUGCAGGGUCCGUUGCAAACGCUAGAAAUGGCGGUAGACUGCAAGGAGGGUUCCCGUCUAGCAAUGGUCAACCGAGUAGAAGCAUCCCUACACCAAAUGGGCCUCAUGUUUCUCCAUAUAACCUUAAUCAUCUUCAUCGGUCACCCAAACCUGAUGUUGGACAGCCUUCAGAAUGAGCCUAUGCCUCCCUUCUUGCUCUGUUUUAUUUUAGUUUAUGCGUUUCUUCAAGGAGAGACGGAGGGAACGUUAGUGGGGCUUGGAAGUUAUGCUGGUGAGCUUGAUGUGUUCCUUUUUGAGCAGAAGUGAAAAUGGGCUCUGCACUGGAGAGAAACAUUGAGAGGGCUCUUUUGUAGCAUAUGCCGUGUUUGAAAAAGUUAAUGCCUUUUCUUUAGUGCUUGUCUAACUUCUAUGCGAUCAAGGUUGACGCAUUUGGGGACUAUAGUUUCCAUUGCAUAGCAUGAAUGCAUGAUGCGGUCAGGAUUCUUUAAUAAUAAAAAAGAAAAAAAAACCGUCAAUUUCUUCUGCUGAGUGCUUUAGUUUGUGUCGUGCAUUCAUUUGUUUCAAUACAAAAAAUUUGUAAUA